CUAAUUUUAGUCAAAAUAAACAAUAUAUAUCUGUGCGGAAUGGUUUGUGAUCGUUGCGAAGCAAAGUUGUCCAAAAUUGCAACACCUGAUCCGUGGAAAAAUGGAGCAGGAAAAAGAAAAAUCAACGAAAACAAAUUUUUGUCUACCGCUAGAGACAGACAAAAUCCCAUUUCUAGAAGUUUAGCUCCUUGUAGAAUAUGUAGGCAGAAAGUACAUCAGAUUGGCUCCCAUUAUUGUCAAGCAUGUGCCUACAAAAAAGCUAUAUGUGCUAUGUGCGGAAAAAAGCUGCUCGAUACCAAAAACUAUAAACAAAGUUCCACUUAGAACAACUUUGUAUAUUAGAAACUUCAAUCUUUACAACAUAUGUACAUUUCGAGCUUAACAUAAUAUUUAUAACUACAACUUAGCUAAGAAUUA